GCUAUUCUUCUUCCUUUCUUCUUUUGCUUUCAUCGGUUAUCAUCUGAUUUUACCAUACAUAAUGUUCAAAAUUGAAAAUCGUGAUUGAAAAGUUGAAGAACUAUUGGAUUAGCAUGAAGUUCUGAUGCAUACUGAAUCUGCCUCUUAUUUUGUCUGUUUCCAGACCUCCUGUUUCUGUUGAAUUGGUUAGAAGUAAUUGUCUGCGGUCUUUAAUUGCACAUAAGUAAACGCCAUGGACGCUUCGCUGCUUUUCAACCAGCUUCGGGCUGCUGAGCCCUUUUUCCUAUUGGCUGGUCCAAAUGUGAUUGAAUCGGAGGAGCAUAUAUUUAGGAUGGCCAAGCACAUCAAGAAUAUAUCAUCGAAGUUUGGUUUGCCACUGGUUUUCAAGUCCAGCUUUGAUAAAGCUAACCGUACAUCUGCAAAAUCCUUUCGUGGUCCAGGCCUGGUUGAAGGCUUGAAGAUACUUGAAAAGGUUAAAGUAGCAUAUGAUAUACCCAUAGUGACUGAUGUGCACGAAACCGUACAGUGUGAACCAGUUGGCAAAGUUGCAGAUAUUAUUCAGAUUCCUGCAUUUUUGUGUCGACAGACUGAUCUUCUAGUUGCAGCAGCCGAGACUGGGAGAAUUAUAAAUAUUAAGAAAGGCCAGUUUUGUGCUCCUUCUGUAAUGACAAAUUCUGCUAAAAAGAUUAGAAUGGCUGGAAAUUCAAAUGUGAUGGUUUGUGAGAGAGGAACUAUGUUUGGAUAUAAUGAUCUAAUUGUUGAUCCUCGGAACCUGGAGUGGAUGAGAGAGGCAAACUGCCCUGUUGUUGCCGACAUUACGCAUUCAUUGCAACAACCUGCCGGGAGACAGUUGGGCGAUGGAGGUGUUGCUAGUGGUGGCCUACGUGAAUUAAUACCAUGCAUUGCGAGGACAGCAGUGGCUGUUGGAGUAGAUGGGAUAUUCAUGGAGGUGCAUGAUGACCCUCUGAACGCUCCAGUUGAUGGUCCAACACAGUGGCCUUUGCGUCAUUUGGAGGAAUUGCUGGAAGAGCUUGUGGCAAUUGCACGAGUGAGCAAGGGAAAACAGCGUUUUAAUAUCGACUUGACGCCGUUUCGUGAUUAAAGGCACGAUGCACCAUGAAAGUUUGAGGUAUGAGAGCUAUGAUUUCAAUACUCCAUUUUUUACUCAUUGUUCACAUUGCCACUACCAGAUUAGUUUGAUUUUGUGUAGAUACUUCUGAUCUUUCUCCAAAAGAGAAUAUGUUGUAUUAGUUUUUGUUUUAUGCCAAUCAUGAACUAUUUCUCCUAAACAAUGUGGCACUGCUGCCUAGUACACUCCCCAUGCCUUAUGAAGAUGUUAUGUUGGAUUCAAUAGAAAGCCAGUUAAUGGUUUAUUAUUGGGCUUUCUACCCAUAAAACCUAUUUUAGGUCAAA